UGACCUCUGAUCAACACAACUGUGACUUUGCUCCAUCUACUGGUGAAAUGAUACAACUGCAGGUUUUCUCCUCCUCUCAGGUCAAUGAACUAAAGGAGGAGAAGAAGAAGCUGCAGGAGGAGAUGGAGACAAGAAACAAAGAGCUGAAGGAGACAAAAGAUGAGAACAGCAGCAGCUCAGACAGACAGGAGACGUCAGGAGACAUCGAUGUGGUGGUUAAUGCCAAGGACUGCUAUAUCAGGCUGAGAAACAUGUCUGAUCAGGACAAACCACUGGGAGGACGUCAGUUAAAAGUCCAGAUCAACAAUAGUGAACCCAUCACAUACACAUUUGAUCCAUCAAUGAAACUCAAGACUAAAGAGGCUUUUACUAUAUGCCAUCCAGACUGUGAGCCUCUUUAUGUUCUCUCUGGUGACCUGGUGUGGGAGGACCUGAAGUCCUGGAAGUCUGGAGACAGAGUCCAGGCCUCUCUGCAGUGAAAUAGUUCCCAGUUGAACUCCUUCAAUAAAGUUCAGUAAUCCAGCAAACAGCAACAUUAUAGAUGAGAAACAGCACGACUCAGAUCUUCCUGCAGAA